GUGACGAAAGAUAUUUCUCGUUUGCACCAAAUCCUUUGAUUUUUUAUUUUAUUUUUCCAUCAAGCAAUUAGGGUUUCAAUAGUAUGGCUCAACCAGCUGCGCAAUUAGCAUCAAUGAACGAGGACAAAUCCUAUAGCCACCAUCAGCAGGAGGAAUUCAAAGUUUCUGUCACCUCAAAACCAUGUCCAGAUAUGCUCAAUGGAUCUAGAAAGGAUUACAUGAAAACUUGUAUCCCUUUAUAUGAAGCAUCAAUCAAAGGUGAUUGGAAGACUGCUAAAGAGAUUCUUGAUAGAAAGCCAGAGUUGGUAAGGUAUAGUAUCACUGGGAAUGGGGAUACAGCGCUUCAUAUUGCUGCAUCGGCCAAAAGCACCAAACAGAGUGAAGAUUUUUUGGAACAUCUGCUGACUUACAUGGAAAACAAGGACCUGGAACUUGAAAAUAGCAGCUCCAACACUGCCCUCUGUUUAGCAGCUACAGCUGGAAAUGUUAAAAUGGUUAAGAUUAUGGCGGAAAAGAACAGGGCCUUGGUGGCAAUCACUGAUAGUGAAGGAAUGACUCCGCUGUAUAAGGCUGCCCUGUAUGGAAAUUAUGAGGUGGUGAAGUAUCUGUAUGAAAAUUUGGGUGGAAAUAAUUGGGCACCUCAGCACCAUAGUCGUCUUCUUUUACAAUGUGUCGAGAAUAAUAUGUUUGAUAUUGCACUCAAGAUAGUGAAAGAGCACCCUGAACUUGAUAGUAAUGGAAGUGUGCUUGGAGUUUUGGCUCGAAAGCCUGAUGUAUUUGCUGAAACAGAAUCUGAUAUCUUCAAGAGAACCUUCAAUUGGGUCAUUCAUCCAAAGUUGCAAGCUUUUGAAAAAGAAAGUAAAGCUAAAGCAUUGGAGUUACUAAGGAUCAUUUGGAAGAAUAUAUCUGAGAAGCGUAAGAUUGAAAUUGAUGACAUACUGAGAGGGCCCCCUGAUCCUCCUCCUCCCAUUAUGCAAGGUGAUAUUGAGAAAAAGCCUGUUGAAAUAUGGAACACGGUUAAAGAGCCUGCUGCUACAAUUUGGAAUAAUCCGAAUGCGGUUAGAAAGUAUUCUUCUAGAAUACUAUUUGUUGCUGCAGAAAUGGGGAAUACCAGAUAUUUAGUUGAGCUUAUCCGUCAGUAUCCUGAUCUGAUAUGGAAAGUAAAUGAUAAAAAUCAAAGUAUAUUUCACAUUGCUGUAAAACAUCGCCAUGAGGGUAUCUACAAUCUGAUGUAUGAGAUAGGAUCAAUGAAGGAUCUGAUAACUCCUCUCAAAGAUGAAAAUGACAACACUAUGUUGCAUUUAGUUGGGAAGACUGCCAAGAAAAAGCAACUUGAGGAUGUGUCGAGAGUUGUUGCUUUACAGAUGCAACGGGAACUUUUAUGGUUCAAGGAAGUAGAGAAGAUGAUCCCACCUUCUUAUCGGAAACAGAAGAACAAAGUAGGUCUAACACCACAUGAGUUAUUUACCGAGGAACACAAAGAGCUAGUCAGACAAGGUGAGAAUUGGAUGAAAGAUAAGGCUAGCCAAUGUAUGGUGGUUGCCACCCUUGUUGCCACCAUAGUGUUUGCUGCAACUUUUACAGCGCCAGGGGGAUACAAUCAGGCUGAUGUUGUCCCUUACUUUUACCGAAAAGGAACCUUUAUAGUUUUCGCAGUAGCAGAUACCAUAUCUUUGUUCUCAUCAUCAACUUCAGUCCUCUUGUUCUUAUCUAUCCUCACGUCUCGUUAUGCAGAACGUGAUUUUUUGGAAUCGUUACCCAUAAAGCUAAUGUUAGGUCUGGCAACACUUUUCCUCUCCAUAACAACCAUGAUGGUUGCUCUUAGUGUUGGCUUCUUUGUGUUGUACAUGAAAUGGAUAACCCUUCUUGCUACCCUUCUUGCUACCAUGCCACUUCUCUUAUUUGCUAUGUUGCAAUUUCCUCUGUUAAAAGAUGUUACUCGCUCGUCAUAUGCUUCCAGGCACCUCUUUCGGCCCAAGAAACAUGUUCUUUACUAUGAAAACUCCAACUCUAACUCUCGUCGUUGGUUCCCAUUUACAUUCCCUUUCGUUUCAAGUUGUACCUCAAAGAUAAUGAAAUUGUUGUAAGUUUAACAAUUCCUGUUGUAAUAUCAUUCCGAAUGUGUCCUA